AUGAUAGUCAUAGAUACGGAGCCAAGCAAAAUGCUCGCCUCUCUCGCCACACUUCUCCUGCUGCUGCUGCUGAUGGCCACCGUCGUCACGUCCGCGCCGGACCUGGCAGCCGUGCCUGCAGAGCAGGCAAGGGCGCUCCUCACCUGGAAAGCCAGCCUUGAUAAUCAAAGCCAGUACACUCUGCGGUCCUGGGAGAACACCUCCGCGUCCUGCAACUGGCGUGGCAUCAGAUGCACAAUGCACCGGCACCGGCGCCGGCCAGUGAUCAGCGGCAUCUCCCUGCGGGGGAGGCGGCUGAGAGGUUCGCUCGGGUCGCUCAACUUCUCGGCACUGACAACCCUAGCGCACCUCGACCUCUCGCACAACCACCUCGCCGGGAGCAUCCCUCCUGACAUCAAGGCCCUCGUGGAGCUUGAGAAUCUCCUUCUGCAAGGCAACCAGAUAAGAGGCUCAAUCCCACUAGGCCUGACAAACCUCACAAAACUCCGUUCCUUGAUGCUUGAUGAAAAUGAAGUCUCUGGUGAAAUACCAAGGCACAUAGGCAACAUGACCAAUCUCAUGACACUCACCGUGUCAGACAAUCACUUAGUUGGUCAUAUCCCUUCUGAAGUAGGCCACCUGAAGCACUUGAACCAACUGUCUGACCAAAUUCCAAUGGAACUUUGUCGUUUGGCCAACUUGAAUGACUUGCGCCUUAGCUUCAACAAGCUGUUGAGCCAUAAUCACCUCAAUGGCACCAUUCCUAUCGAGCUAGGGAUUUUGGUAAACCUGCAAGAUCUGUUGGAUCUAAGUGACAAUUCAAUUGAUGGUGCUAUUCCGAGUGUGUUAGGUGGUCUUCAUAUGCUUCAAGCCUUGAAUGUUUCUCACAAUGCACUUAGCGGCAACAUUCCAUCGUCAUUUCAGAGCAUGACCAGCCUCCUAUCCAUGGAUGUGUCUUACAACAAAUUAGAAGGAAAGAAGAAACCCAAGGCAGAAAUUGCAAAUGUAGUACAACAAACCAAGAUGUUCGCCAUUUGGAACUUUGAUGGGGAAGAUGUGUAUAGGAAAAUUGUUGAUGCUACAAAUAAUUUCAGUGACACUCAUUGCAUUGGAUCUGGAGGAAGUGGAUAUGUGUACAAAGCUCAGUUACCAACAGGUGAAUUAUUUGCAGUGAAGAAGAUCCAUAUGGUGGAUGAUGAUGAUCAAUUUAACCGUGAAAUACAUGCUUUGAUGAAUAUUAGACAUCGCAACAUUGUGAAGUUAUUUGGUUACUGCUCCGCAACUCAGGAAAGAUUCCUUGUGUAUGAAUACUUGGACAGAGGAAGCUUAUCAGCGUAUUUGAAGCAUAAGGAAACUGCUCUUGAAUUGGAUUGGACAAGGAGGCUAAAUAUUGCUCGGGAUGUUGCUCAUGCUUUGGCUUACAUGCAUCACGACUGCUUUGCACCAAUAGUUCACAGAGAUAUAACAAGCAACAACAUUUUGCUUGAUCUGGAAUUUAAAGCCCACAUCUCGGAUUUUGGUCUAGCGAAAGUACUAGAUGUGGAUGCGUCAAACUGCACAAGUCUUGCCGGCACAAAAGGAUAUCUUGCCCCAGAGCUUGCAUACAAAACAAGGGUGACAGAGAAGUGUGAUGUUUAUAGCUUCGGAGUGCUCGUUCUAGAGCUGUUCAUUGGACAUCAUCCAGCGGAUCUCCUUUCAUCCAUGGACAACCGCAACAAAACUAUAUUACUUGGGAACUUGCUGGACACCCGUCUCCCACUCCCUAAAGCUGAGAUCGCAAGUGAAAUAUUUCAAGUGGUUGGCGUCGCUGUUCGGUGCAUAGAGCCUGAUCCAUCGCACCGUCCAACGAUGCAGCAAGUGAUUAAGGUGUUCGCAACAGCUGAACGGUCACCUGCUAAUAAUCUUGAUUAUCUCCACACUGCCAUUGCCAUCCCGCUUCAGGACUUUCAGCUUACUGAUGCUCCAGACGAGCGGUUCUUGAUCCAUGGUACGAGCUACUCCUCCAGGAAGGCGUAUCAACUGCUCCUUCAUGAAGACAUGGAGGACGACCAUGCUGCUCUCAUAUGGCGGUCCAGAGCCCCCCACAAGCUCAAACUAUUUGCUUGGUUGCUUUUCCGUGGACGGCUGAACACCAAGUGCAACUUGUUUCACAAAACAAUCGUCCCCGACGCCUCCUGCCCACGCUGUGGCGGCCCAUCUGAAGAUACUGCCCACCCCGUUCCUCCUCUGCCCUCACGCAGUUUGGACCUGGGAACGGCUGGGCCUCUCCCCGACGGCAAGAUUCCAGGACCUGUGGCUACUCCCGCCUCCCGGUAA